UGAAAACAAAAAAAAUAGUUAUGGGGCGCCACUUACAAUUCCAUUUUCUUGUAGAAAUGUAAAGCCUCACCAGAAAAUUUGAUUUGCACCCCCUCUAUUUAUGAGUAUUCAACCCUUGCGCCGUUUUGGCGGCCAAAUUCUGAAAGAGGAGUCGACCACCUUGGCGCAAGUGAUCCAAACCUACGCAAAAACCAAGCAGCUAAACAAAGGCAAAGAGCUCCAUUCUCACCUCCUACGCACUCAUUACCCACUAUGCAUUUUCCUCACCAACCACCUCCUCAACAUGUACUCCAAAUGUGGCCACGUCCAUUAUGCCCUCAAGGUUUUCGACCAAAUGCCUCACCGAAACUUGGUUUCCUGGACUGCAAUGGUCACUGGGUUUUCUCAGAACUUGAGGUUCUCGGACAGUUUCAAGGCCUUUUCCCAGAUGAGAAGUGCUGGGGAGAGCCCGACCCAGUUUGCAUUUGCAAGUGUGAUCAGAGCUUGUGUGGUUCUUGGGUCGGUUGAGAUUGGGAGGCAGCUGCAUUCUCUUGCUUUGAAAUUGGGCUUGGCUUGUGAGUUGUUUGUGGGUAGUAACUUGGCGGAUAUGUAUUCGAAAUGUGGGUUCAUGGUUGAGGCUUGUAAGGUUUUCGAGGAAAUGCCGAGUAAGGAUGCUGUGUCGUGGACUUCGAUGAUUGAUGGGUAUGCAAAGAGUGGGGAUUUUGAGGCAGCUUUACUGAGUUAUAAGAGGAUGAUUAAUGAUGGGAUUGGUGUAGAUAAAUAUGUUGUUUCUAGUGCAUUGAGUGCUUGCUCUGCACUGAAGGCUUGUCAGUUUGGAAAGUGUGUUCAUUCGACGGUUGUGAAGUUAGGAUUGGAAGUCGAGGUUGCUGUGGGAAAUGCUCUGGUUGAUAUGUACUCGAAAUCAGGUGAUAUGGAGAGUGCUUUAAAUGUGUUUCGGGUUGACCCUGAGUGCAGAAAUAUUGUGUCGUAUUCUUCUCUGAUCAAUGGUUAUGUUGAGAUGGAUGAAAUUGAGAAGGCUUUUAGUGUGUUUGUUGACUUACAGAGAAGGGGAGCUGAGCCUAAUCAGUUCACUUUCUCUAGCUUGAUCAAGGCUUGUGCCAAGCAAGCUGCACUUGAACAAGGGAUCCAACUUCAUGCUCAGGUGGUCAAGUUUAAUUUUGAUAGAGACGAUUUUGUGUCUUCUGUUCUUGUUGAUAUGUAUGGGAAAUGUGGAUUACUUGAUCAUUCAAUACAAGUUUUUGACGAGGUAGCCACCCCGACUGAAGUUGCAUGGAAUUCAUUGCUAAGUAUAUUUGCAGUUCAUGGCUUAGGAAAUGACGCCUUGAAAACUUUUAGUAGAAUGGUCCAGGCAGGAGUGAAACCAAAUGCAAUAACAUUUAUCAGUCUUUUAACAGGUUGUAGCCAUUCUGGAUUGGUAGAGGAAGGUUUAAAGUACUUUUUCUCUAUGGAUAAAACAUAUGGCAUAGUACCUAGAGCUGGACAUUACUCUUGCGUUAUUGAUUUACUUGGCAGGGCUGGAAGGCUUGAAGAGGCCGCAGAAUUCAUUAACAGCAUGCCAAUGCAGCCAAAUGCUUUUGGAUGGUGCUCUUUUCUUGGCGCUUGCACAAUUCAUGGUGAUAAAGAGAGGGGCAAACUGGCAGCGGAGAAAUUGAUACAGCUUGAACCUGAGAAUAGUGGAGCACAUGUGUUGCUUUCAACUAUAUAUGCAAAGGAGCAAGAAUGGGAAGAUUUCAGGGGUGUGAGGAAGAUAAUGAGGGAUAGCAGCAUGAGGAAAUUGCCCGGUUAUAGUUGGGUUGACAUUGGAAACAAAACACACACGUUUGGAGCCGAAGAUUGGUCUCAUCCUCAGAAGAAAGAAAUAUAUGAGAAACUUGAUAGUCUUCUUGAUCAGAUAAAGAAAGCUGGAUAUGUUCCAAAUACAGAUCUUGUUCUUCAUGAUAUGGACGACAAUUCAAAGGUAGAGCUUCUUCACCAUCAUAGUGAGAGGAUAGCGAUUGCAUUUGCACUGAUAAGUAUGCCUGCUGGGAAGCCAAUCAUUGUGAAGAAAAAUAUAAGGGUGUGCUUGGAUUGCCAUUCUGCAAUCAAGUGCAUCUCCUUAGUUGUUGGAAGAAAGAUUAUUGUUAGAGAUAAUACUCGGUUUCACCAUUUCGCAGAUGGGUUGUGUUCAUGUGGAGAUUACUGGUAAAAAUUUUGAAGGCCAAAGUUUUAUAAAGGAACUCAUACAAAAGUUAUUUGCCUGGUUACUAAGAGCUACUCUAUGUGCCAUAUAACUUUUCUGACAAUUUUUUUUUGAGCCAACUGGGUCACUAAGAAUGAAUAAGGGGCUUUUAGGCUUUGAUUCAAAAGCAUGUAAGAAGACGAAUAACCUGAGAGCCUUUGUCUUCAACUUGGAAGAGGCGAUUGUAUUUCUUCAUCCAUUGGAUUA